UAUAUACUGAGUAGUUUUUGUUAUGCAUUUAUUUGUUGUUGUUAUUGUUGUUUUUAUUUCUUCUUUAUUUUGUCUUUGUACUCUCUCUGAGCUGUAUUGAUCCUCUCUUCUGUCUACGUAAAGCUGAUACUGUUUGCUCCCUCCAAUCAGCUGUCAUCCUCUCCCCCUCGUACGAUGUUCUCGCGUGUUCUGGUCACGAUGGCUUGUUUUCAUCAUUUCCCAGCUCAGUCGUCUUCAGCUGCCGCUUUAUCAGUCGGUGGGCGAGGAAAGAAAGGUGCGCAUGUUGAAAAUGGACUGCGCACCUUUCACACGGGCCUCAUUGAUCAACUCCUGAUUCUUGACGCUCUGUACAGAUAUGGCAACGUGGAGUGUUUUUGCCAGAGGUCCGUGGUGCCAUGCAUCGCCGCCGUUGUGCAUUUUUAGGCUUAAAUCCAGUCGUUUCCUCCGUUGAUCAAACGGCGUCACAUCCAGCUGAUGUGCACUUUAUAUGCCGCUGAUAAAAUGUGUUUGCGUGGAUGCCGCAGCCUGCAGGAUUUGGACCAGCACCGGAGGACGGCAUGCCCUGACUGGAGGACGUUUUUAUAACCCCUGUGAAUCCUAUUCCUUCACUUUUGGCUCUUCCAAUUAAAGACUCGCCAUGGCAGAUGACAGCAGCCUGUCACGGCAGAUUGAAAGCGUGGAAAGGAGCGUGGUGUUCCUCAGACAGGAGCACCUCACUCUGCUCCACGGACUCCACCUGGAGAUCCUGUCCCUGCAGAAACGAUGCACAGAGUUGACAAGUGAGUCAAAGGUGAAGCCUCCAGGAAGAAGCCAAAUUGAGUUACAGGAGGAAGAGGAGCUGCUAGAGACCCGGUGUCGGGAGGUGGAGAGCCGUCUGACCGAGCAGGAGUGCACCAUCGGAGAACUUCGCAAGGAGCUGAGUCACAAAGGGGCCUUGGUGGGAGCCCUCCGAGCCAACCUCAAGGAGAAGGAGCGGCAUUUCCUGGAAGAGCUGAAGCGUCGCAGCCACUGUUCGACCAUCCUGAACACAGAGCUGCAGAAACAAACAGAGGCAGCAGCGUACCUCUCCUUCCAGCUGCAUGCUGCCCGGCAGAAACUGCACUACCAGCGGAUGCAGCAGAGGCAGGGGCUCCUAGCUAGGGCCAACAUCCAGGGGGCCCAGUGCGGUGCCGAGCAGGACUACGUCACCCCACAAAUGCCAUCGGGAGCCUCCCCUUCUUCUCCUGUGGUUAAGCCGAAGCGUAAGAGUGCCAGGGCCUUCUUGAGAGUGGAGCGGGCCAGGGAAUGUGUGCCAAUAGAGAAAGUGAUGGGCCCUGCAGAGCCCACGGCCAUGCCUGACCCUGCCCUCUUCCUCCACCCACGACGGCACAGAGCUCGAUCCAGGCACACCGUCACACACAGACAGCCUCCACUGGGCUUGGAAAAGGAGGAGGAGGAGGAGGAGGAGGAAAGAGGUGGGGAGGGGCCGGUGGAGCCCCAGGAUGAAGCUGCCAGACCCAUGGUGUCUGCAGCGGCAGCGCCCCCUGCUGCUCAGACCAAGGCAGAGUAGACUUUACAGUGUGUUCACUGUAUGAUUAUAUUCUGUCAGACUGUUAAUGUUGUUGUCCUGCACCUUGACUGAAUUGAUAUGGAGACUGGUUUUAGCAAAUGAAUUAUAAUACACAUACCUUAGACACUUUUCUAACGUGGACUUUGAUAUUACCUUAAAUAACUUGGAAAACAAAACUCAGUAAUCGUCACUUUAAGUCAGAUUUCAGUUACAUUAGAACUGCAGUAUCUGUUUACACUGGUGUCAUAUGCUCUGUGUACUGUAGGGCCUUAUUGGAGAGCAACCCCCCUUCUGACUUCUGAUGAUGUUUGAGUUUGCGUUCAGUGGCAGUCAUUUAAGGUGGACAACUGCUAUGUGGCAAAGCCAACUGUGACCUUUCAGGCCAACCAUCAAUCGAUUCGUGUGGCCAAAUGUUUGUGUGGCCUCAGACUGGGUCACAGCUGAAAAUAUCUGAGGUGUGGAAUUGCGUGUGAAACAUAAAUACUCCCUUUACUUAAGAAACCUAAAUGAUUCCAGAGUGAAGACAGUACCUUAGAACCAUUUCAUUUUUGUCCAAAUUUUUAAUCCACAGCUGUUAUAUGCCACUAUGUUAACUUCUUCAUCCACCUUAACUGUAUUUCAUAUUAUUGCUUUGCCACAGAUUUAACAAUAAUUUAUCUGGUGACACUGAGAUGGAAAGAACUGUGAUACAUCUUUCAUCUUUCAAGGCAUUAGCUGUAUGUAAAAAAAAAAAAAAUUGUUUGGGUUUUGCCUAUAUUUCUUUAUUAUUGGGUGACCCGUGUAAUAUACAAUACUAAAAGUAAUCAUUUGCAGUGUACUAAUAAAACAAUAAGCACCAUGAAUCCAAUGAAUUUGACUUCAAGGAAUUUAAAGAAAGAAAAAAGAAAAAUAAGUACUAUGUGGCUUGGUUUGUCUUAUUUUAUACUGAAAUAGGACACCUGUGCUCUGUUAUUAACAGUGAAGUAAGAGUUCACUGGAAAUUCGGUGUGUUCAGCGUGUUCCCAUUUAACUGAUGCAGACAACGUUUAAGCAGCUGUUGACACUAAAAUCAGUCAUCCCUUCCUGGUUCAAGCCCAACAGAUGCAGCUCCAGACUCAGCAGCCCUGUCUCCUCAUCCCCUUAACCCUUAAUCCUACGACAAACCAGACUUACAACUGAAGACGGAUCUGAGCAGCCUUGUGUGUCCAGCGUAUGCUGAAUGUUGCAUACAGAACUUCCUCAAGGCACAUUCAGAAUGAUGAACAUAAAACACCCAAUGUCUUAUUUUAAUAAUUUCUAUCAUGUGGAACCCAUUAACAGUAGAAUACACAGCCCUUAUGUUUUACAGAUGUAAAGGAGGUACAUGUGUGCUGCAGUUCCUGUGUAGUAACUGUUGUUUUUGUGAUGAUCUCCUCUGAAUGACUGAAUUAUGUGUUUUGCUAUGAUGUAGUUUGUUUACUCUUUAGACAAGAAAAUCCAACUAAUUUACCACAUUUGUGCUUGAAGCUGUUUGAGGGCUUCUUCUCAUCUCAGGACUUUAAAGGUGUGAUCUGAUUGGGGAUACUCCAUAUAUAAUGCAUUGUUUUCUCAUUACUAACAAACCGCCACCAUAGCUCUGAAAAACUAGAUUGAAUCAGUGGCAAGAGAAAAUACCCUGCAAAAGGUGUGAAUGUGUGUCUUGUGUUAUGAAAAUAAAUCCACAUAGUGACCCCUAGUGGAACAGAGAGGGAAGUGCAAAAUGACAUGUUAAACAUUAAUACUGAAAUUGGCAAUAUCUCAAUGAAAAUACGUUUUCAUGUCAUCACAUAGGCAUAUAAUGAUUAUAUUGCGCUACUGAAAUGUCGAAGCGGGCACAGUGUUUAAUGUCAUAAUGUUAUCUUUUGGUUUAACUGACACUUUUCUGAAACCAUUUGGGAUAUGCAUAGAAAUUUUACUGUAUUUUAUGUGACACCACCUCAGUUAUUUCUGUUGUAUUACAGUCUGUCAAUACUUGAGCCAUCACUUGACUGAGCAUCAGUGACUGUACUCUCUGAAAUGAGGCUUCCUGUGAGAUAUCAUUUAAUUGUGAUGAGUUGCUGUGAGGCUUUUCUCACCCUCAGCAGCUACUGGUUAGAAGUAUAGCAUUAUGUUUUAGCAGUAUAUCUUCAAUAAAGCAAUAUAUUAAUAUAUUUCUAUAUACUUAGUAGGUCACAUCAGGUGGUUUAGGGGACACUUGAGGUGUUAAAAUAGAUUUUUAUGAUUGUUUAACUUUGUAUUUUGUAACUGUUGAGCUAUUGUAAGUAUGUUUUGCUUAAUAUUUUUCUGAAUUGCCUAAUGGAUUGUUUAACUUUACUGGCUUAUGUUGAUUGUCACUUAAUUUGAACAUGAUUAUUAUGUUAUGGGACAUAUUUAAAGUAGGGUUUGAUGAUAUGCUGCAUGCGGCGCAGCAUUAAGCUUUUGGGCAUAUUGUUAUGCCACCUGAGACUGCCUGGAUGAAAAUGAACUAAACCUUCUUUUUAGCAAAAUGCAAAUGUGAAGAUGGGUUUUCAUUCACUUCUCAGCGGGUAAGCCAUUAGCAUGACUGUGUGCACUAUUCUUCCUCAAGUUUAUGAGAAAAUAGGGGAUGAAAAUGAAAAGGCUCUCUUGUCGGAAACUAUUUUGCUUUCCAACACGAGUCCUGAAUUUAGACUGUUAUACUUCAUGAUUUAGUCGCAGCAAAUGUGAUCCAAAUGAAGCAGCAGGUAGAUUAAACUCUCCAGUCACCCUUUGCAAACUGCAUAUCACUCUGUAGCAUUACCUGACAUUAUAAACAAUCUGUACUCUGGUAUUAUGUAACAUCUUGGAAAAAUAAUCAACGGACUGGUAGCUGUAUGCACCGUUGCAUACUGACUGAUGACUUGUUUGCUUUGAGGGAAGAAGCUAAUGAGCCAAAGAGGCCCAUCACUAAAAUUAACAUAAAGACUAAUGGUGUGAUGCCUUAAUGAAGAUGUCUUGUCAUGACUAUUUCAGCUAAAGGGACUAAAACCUCACCGCCUGAUUUGCUUUAUCUUUUCACAGCACAUCACAGUAUAUUUCACACCUCUCAAACACAGCAACAGUAAAUAUUUUACUCACAUUCACAGAGAAUGUCUUCCAUCCUUUAAACGCUGAUAUAACCAUAGUGGUAAUGAUAAUUAAAUUUUUCCAAAGCAGCAUUGUCUCUGGCAUUUUUAUUCUUCCACAUUUUACAUUCAGCCCAGGUUUUAGAUCAUUAUGUUUAUUUCGCAUUUAAUGAGAAAUGUCUCAGUGGACCACAAAGUAUCUUCUUCCACAUAUUACAUGGCCUUUAGCAAUAAUGCUGUGUCAGUACUUUGCAUAAAAUGCAGAGAGAUGUUGCUCUCGGCCACUGUAUCAUCUGGUUUGUGGUUGAGCAUAAGCUUUUGACCGAUUACCGCAUAUACUGUGUUAGCUUCCUAUAGUGAUCUGUACACAUAAUUGGAAUAAAAUGAAAGAUUAUCUAGUCUG